AUCCCCACUUCUAAAAUAUCUUAUAUAUAGAUAUAUAUGGACUAUAAUGUAGCGCUAGUACACUACCAUUAUUUUUGUAGAGAAAUAUUUUUCAUUGAAAUAAGUUUUCUAUAAAAAAUAAAAUCGUUUAUAAAUUAAAAUGGGUAAAAAAGGAAAAAUUGGAAAACAAAGAAAAGAUAAAUUUUAUCAAUUAGCAAAGGAAACGGGUUAUAGAUCACGUGCGGCUUUCAAAUUGAUUCAACUGAAUCGGAAAUUUGAAUUUUUACAAAAAUCUCGAGUAUGUAUAGAUUUAUGUGCAGCUCCUGGAGGAUGGAUGCAAGUUGCUCGGCAGAAUAUGCCAGUAUCUUCCAUAGUAAUUGGUGUAGAUUUGUUUCCUAUAAAACCCAUUCCAGGAUGUAUCAGUUUAAUAGAAGAUAUUACAACGGAUAAAUGCCGUAUAUCAAUUACACGUGAAUUAAAAACCUGGAAAGCUGAUGUUGUAUUACAUGAUGGAGCACCAAAUGUAGGUAAAAAUUGGCUCCAUGAUGCAUAUCAACAAAUUGUUUUAACUUUAAGUGCUCUUAAAAUGGCAACGCAUUUUUUGCGGUCUGGUGGUUGGUUUAUUACAAAAGUCUUUCGUUCAAAAGAUUAUAAUCCAUUGAUUUGGGUAUUAAAACAAUUAUUUAAAAAGGUACAUGCAACUAAACCACAAGCAUCACGUACAGAAUCUGCUGAAAUUUUUGUUAUUUGUCAAUAUUAUAUUGCACCAGAUAAAUUAGAUCCUAAAUUUUUAGAUCCAAAAUAUGUUUUUUCUGAAUUAGAGAUAGAACCUACAAAUAAAUUAAAUAUAUUUAAUCCUACAAAAAAAAAAGAUAAAGUAGAAGGUUAUCCAGAAAAUGAUUACACUUUAUACCAUAAACUAUCUGUUAAAGAUUUUAUAGCACAUGAAAAUGUUGUAGAAGCAUUGCAGAAUACUUCUGAAAUCGUUUUUGAUGAUGAAAUAAUAACUAAUCAUGAAAAAACAACUAAGGAAAUUAAGGAAUGUUGUAAAGAUAUUAAAGUAUUAGGUAAAAAGGACUUACGAAAUUUAAUUAAUUGGUGGAAGAUAAUAAAGGAAUCUUUGAAAGAAAAGGAACCAAUAGAUGAAAAUAUACAAAAUUUGCUUGAUGAAACAAUAGAAACAGCACCUAUGAGUCAAGAAGAACUGGAAGAUAUAGAAGAUGAACAAAUUAGAAAACAAAUUGAAGAACUUAAAGAAAAUGAAGCUAGAGAUCUUAAACGAAAGAAAAAAAAGGCCAACAAACAGAGACAAAAAUUAAAUGAACGACUUAAUUUAAAAAUGAUACAUAAAGGAAAUGAAGGACCUAUAUUGGAAGGAGAUGAUAUGUUUAGUUUGAAAGAAAUUAAAACACAUCAACAGUUAGAAAAUAUAAUGGAUCAAGAUCCUAAUAUACUAGCAGAAAGUGAUGUAGAUUCAGAUACAGAACAAAAAAAAACAAAAAAAAUAAUAUAUAAAAAAGAUAAAGGACAUUUAGAUAGUUCAGGCUUAUAUUAUAAAUCAGAAGAUAGUGAACCAGAUGAUUCGGAUGAUGCUUCAGAUAAUGAUUCAGAUAGUAAUAAAUCAGAUUUAGGUUUAAAUGAAUCUGAUGAUGAAAAUAUUAAAAACAUUAAAAAAAAAAAAAAUAAUAUUGAAGAAGAUUUCGAGAAUCCUUUAUUAACUGAUUUAGAUCAUAGAGACAAAAAAACUAAAAGAAUUCACAAAGCAGAAUUAUGGUUUGAAAAGGAUAUAUUCAAAAAUUUAGAAGAUGAAAAAGAUGAAGAUUUUGAAUUGGAUAAAAUGGUCGAGGAAUAUAAAAAGAAAGGUGGUCAUAUUAUAGGAGAAGACAUUUCUGCAGAUAGUGAUAAAGAAAAUAAAAUAAAAAAUCAUAAAAAUAUAAAAAAAAAAAAACAAGAUGAUGAUGAAAAUAAUAAUGAUCUUAAUAAUGAUGAUUCAGAUUCUGAUUAUGAUGUGAAUAAAAUGAUGAAAAAAUCUAAAAGAAAUGAAAUUAAUGACAAAGAUAAUUCUCAAACAAAUAAUAAAUUAAAGAAAAGGAAACAUUUAUCAGAAGAAGAUUUAGCAUUGGGAUCAUUGUUAAUACAGAGUAAAAAAAUUCGAAGAAACUUAAUAGAUUCAGCUUGGAAUAGAUAUGCAUUUAAUGACGAAAAAUUACCAGAUUGGUUUAUGCAAGAUGAAGAAAAACACAUGAAAAAUGUAAUACCAGUACCAAAUGAACUUGUUAACGAAUAUAAAAAACGUGUUGAAGAUUUAAAUAUUAGACCAAUCAAAAAGGUAAUAGAAGCAAAGGCAAGAAAAAAGCGUAGAGCGUUACGUAAAUUAGAAAAAGCAAAAAAGAAAGUGGAAUCAAUAAUGGAUAAUACUGAUAUUAGUAACAAAGAAAAAGCAAAACAAAUACAAACUUUAUAUAAGAAAGCUCAUAAAGAGCCGAAAAAAGAUGUUACUUAUGUAGUCAUGAAAAAACAUAUGACACAAAAGAAAACGAAAAGACCACCUGGCGUUAAAGGACGUUAUAAACUGGUUGAUCCGAGAAUGAAAAAAGAUUUACGUGCAACAAAAGCAAAAGAAAAAACUAAAAAACGUGGAAAAAAGAAUCAUGGUAAACCACCUCAAGGAAAACCUAAAAAUCAUAAGGGAAAAAAAUUAAAGUAAUUUAAUUUAAUUUAAUUUUUUUAUUUUAUUCUUAUAUAAAAUGAUCAUAUUAGUGAUUUUCAUUAUUUUGAAACUUCAAUAUUCAAUAUAAUGCAUUAAA